AUGGCCUCUACCGACCUUGCUGCUACUUACGCCGCCCUGAUCCUCGCCGAUGAGGGUGUUGAGAUCACCAGCGACAAGAUCGUUGAGCUCACCAACGCCGCUGGCACCCCCGUUGAGCCGAUCUGGGCUCAGCUCCUCGCCAAGGCUCUCGAGGGCAAGGAUGUCAAGGACAUGCUGACCAACGUCGGUGCCGGCUCGGGCCCCGCUGUUGCCGCCCCCGCCGCUGCUUCCGGUGGUGAUGCUGCUGCCCCCGCCGAGGAGAAGAAGGAGGAGAAGAAGGAGGAGAAGGAGGAGUCUGACGAGGACAUGGGCUUUGGUCUCUUCGACUAA